CAUUGCUUGGCGGACCAAAUGCCUGAAACGCGUGACGUGAUGAUAUCUUCAAGCUGUUACUUGUGACUGGCACUGCGACGGCGACGAGCUCAAUCUCCUUGUUCUUGUUUGUCUCUUUUCUCGUUGUCGUUCGCAGCACUUCACGCUCUUUUACUCCUCCAAUGAGGCUGGAAGCACUCCUCCCGCGUCAAAGCGACAAUUGCAUUCAGUGUCCCUCGACUCCUGCUUGUAACUGCGCAGCCGGUCAACAAUGCUUCAUCAUCAGCAGGGGCUGCAAUACCUGUGCUACUAUCAAGUGUGUGUCGUCCGGGUCAUCAGGCGGAGGGGGCAAAGGCGGUGUCAGUAAAGGUGCAUUGGCGGGUGCGGUUCUGGGCUCGCUUAUUUUCCUUGCUAUCGCGGUCACUGCCUUCCUGUGGUAUCGGCGCAGGCUCCGGGCCAAAGCGGGAUUCCAAUAUGAUGUCAAACCGGAUGUUCCUGCUGCUGCUGCGGAUGUCCUCAACCGGCCCGAUCCCACGGAGAAGCCAGCGACGCCCACUCCCCAGGUUGAAGCUGAGCCCCAUAUUGUCCGCAUCUACGCCUCCCCAACACGACUAUCGAUCUUGACCCCCAGUCUACCAAUUCGCCAUUGCAUAGCCCAUCGCGGCACUCCUCCACCCAGUCCAAUCCGUUUUCCGACAAUCAUUCAAUCCAAACCGCAGGCACCGAGAGCACUAAUGUCAUUCCUAUUGCUCUCGUGUCCCCCGAACAUAUGUCCACUGCGGACAGUGCUUCCACGGGACCCACACGACCUCCACGCUCCCCAGACCUCAACCUGGAGCAUGUUAACGUUUCACGCGAUUCAUUACACCCUGCGAGCAGACCCUAUGCUGCCUCGCAGCGCUCUGGCGCAUCGGGCCUCACUCAAAGAAACUCCUACAUGUCUGGAGCCAGCUUUGCAAGCGACUUGCUUAAUGAGGCGCCCGUCAUCAUUACGCCAGUCAAAGGUAAUGUCAGGCUCGUUAAGGCAGAGGUGAUCAACGCGGGUUCGUUAUCCCCAGCUUCUGCCGAAGGUUCUUUCCCCGGUCGUCGCCCUGCUCCUUCACCGCUCGCCUCCACAUCGUUUGGUCCCUCAGACGUUGUCACGGAAGAAGACGAGCCACGAGACCCCUUCCGAGAUGGUGGUUCAUCGCCCUCGGCAUCAGUCACCACAUUCGGUCACGGCGCCCACUCCCCUGCUCCAGGCAGCACGAAUUGGACACUAGACACUCCGCAUUUGCCAUGGGCACGCUCCAAUGAAGCUCGACCAUCCAGUCUAAGCACACAAGCUGGAUCGGUCAUCGACAUUGCGAGCGCUACCCGUGUCAACGUGGGACUUGCCACUCCGUCGACCGCCGGUUUCCCCCGGUCGCCGUAUCGGACUACAAUGGGAAAACUGGUUUCUCCACACCAUGGAGCCUUCGAGGAACAGCAGCAGCAAGCUUUAGGAUCCCGUUCGCAGCCGCAGCCGGUGCGGAGGAUCUCGAACUCGUCGGUGCUCUCAGCAGCAUCGACUCGGGCCGAUUCUAUUCUUGAAUCAUUCCCCUUCGUUCCUCCCUCUCCAAUCUCCGACAGGCCGUUGCGUUCGCCGCCUGCCUCUCCUCUUGCCCAGCAGUCAUUUGCUGCAGCCUCAUCCGAGUCUCCGUUAAAACGGACCGAUUUCUCAAAAGCGCAGCAGAACAGUUCCGAUGCUGAACUCCCUCCUCCGCCAAGCAGGCGAACUUUGGGACUGUCCACUGCAUCUCAAUUCUCGACUGCAUCUUCUGGACUGGGAUCUUUCCCCUUCCAAAUUGAUUCGGGCAACGGGAUUGAAUCGCACCCGCCCACUUCGUUCAGUGGGCGGCAGCGGGCAAGUCUAGAUACGCUUGCGCUGACCAGUGAUCUUUCUUCGUUCCCUCUUGGUUUCGACCGCGAGAGUGUGUCAGUGCCUCAUCCACAGCGCGACAAUAAGAUAUAACCCUCACGGCCUUCUCUCUCAUCUACUCUCAGUCUGUGGCUCUGAGCGAUGUAUUGUUACCUUCAUUAUCUUUCUACUUAUUCCCCCUUAGUUUUCCUUGCUUGCUUGCGAGUCCUGACAGCAAUGUGUUUUAGGUACGCAGGGACGAUUGCGCGUAUUUAUUAUACCCUCGACCUGUACAGUGCUUCUGAAUUUUGAAUGCAUGUUCGGGGUUCUCAGUGUAUGUAAAUAACCAUAAAGCAUUUACUCAACAGUCCUUGUCCUUGUACAUCCACAAUGUCAGCUGCCCAAAUCCGUCAAUUAGUGGAUAUGGUACGCGCAGGGCUCUCGCAUCGGCCGAAUCUAUUCAUUUACGCGUAUCCAAUGCGCCUUCUUAGGGCGCCUCGGUCGCGCAGGCCAAAGCAGCUCUCGCACAAUGCAAGGACGUGGAACAUGCCGCCGAACGGUUCUUUGACGGCGCUUUCGACCACGUCAAGGAUGUCGAUGCAGGUGAAGAUGUCGAGAUGAACACUCCUUCCGCUUCGUCCCCGUCUGCCAAAGUGCCAAUACGCAUGAUGGUGAGAGCGGAACUCUCUUUCUCUCGAUUCGUCGCAGCAUCGUGUCCGAGCCUCUCGCUAACUUUGUCUGAAGACACCAGAUGAGGAUGAGGGUAUGGACGAUGACGAUGAAGAAGCCGAGGGCGACGAGGACGACGAUGGCGAGCUUUGACCCCCACAAUCCCGUUGGCUCUACUCAUGGCUUAUAAUCAGGAGACGAUUUCAUCGACUAUGAUUCGGAUGAUGGCGGAGCGAUGGAUACCGUGCAAACGAAAGCUGCAGACCCGUAUGCGAGUACGUCGAGUGUGCGAACCCUGUCCGGGUCGGUUCAGCUCAACUCGUUGCAGACGUCUUCUUCUCCAAAGACCAUCAGGAGGAAAUCAUCGAAGUAGAUGAGGACGCCGAAUACGUGGCUCUUCCCGGCGUGGAUGAACCUGUCAGGCUCUUGACGCAAGGAGAGUGGAUGCGCGGAUGCCCACCGCCAUCAGGUGGCGAGCAGGGAUUCCUAUUCUCGCAAUUCUCGCAGCUCAGUAACGAUCGUUGCAGGUGCCCGAAUGAGUGUGGCACCUCUAUCCCUCGCACUAAAGGCGACUUCUUUGUGAUCUUCCCAGAUUUCCUUUCUUAUAUAUCGCAUUUGAAGCAGACGAUACAGAAGACGUGCCCUGAAUGCAAGACUGACUUUUGUUUCGCAUGCGGCGAACCGAUCACCGAGAAGGUCCAGCGCCCAGGCGCGGCUGCCACCGCCGAUCCCGUUUCCAUUGUGCAGAUAUACAGGGUGUUAUCUUGGGUGUCGGUCUUUCCAUGCUGGAGCAAAUAUUCUCUGAGCAAGUGAAAGAGAUCAGUGGCAAAACCACCGCCAAAAGCACAGACGACGAUGAAGAUGACAGCCCAGCCUCGUACAUGAGCAAAGGGCAAGGAUCGAGAAAGAGCGGUGCUAAAGGCGGGACUGGAUAUGCCGGCGAUCUGAAGGAGGAUGAUUCAGGUCAAGUCGAAGCGCAAGCUCUACAGGCAGCAAACGACGAAAGGAUCGGGAAGCUGUUGACUGAUAUCGGCGUUUACCUUCCGUCACUCAAUCGAGACGGCCAUCAUCCCAGUGACUUCCUUCCACAUCCCACCGCGCUUGCCCACCUCAGGCGGCGAUUCAAUUUUGUCUGUAGCGCCCUCUUGAAGAACGAUUCGCUAGCAGACAUGUCUGAUCGAUCUGUUCUCUACUUCAAGCUUCUGGAUUGGUUGGAGGUACAGCACCUCUCACGUCUUGUGAAGGCUAUCGUUGACGCUGAUCGUCCUCAAGACAAUUUCUAGCCAUGAAGCUCUGGCUAGCAUGAUGGCCAUGCCGAUUAUGACCGUCUCGUCCGUGAAAUCGGUCACAACACGGAAAUCGCCCAAUAAUGCCACCAUUCGUGAGCGUACAGUUGUCUACGAGGGCAGCGCCAGUCCCCGAGAGCUUCUUGAGGCCAUGGUGAUCCAAGCGACCGCGGCACUGAAAGCGCUUGAAGUAUCGAAGCCUCCCCCAGUCGAGGAAGAGCUCACAGAAGAGCAGAAGCGAAUGACUGUGGAUGUCAAGGGAAAGUCAAAGCAAGCCGAAACAGCCUUCACGGACGAAACACAGAAGCUUUACAACUUUUGUCAACGCAUCAUCUCCACAGCAGACGCUAUUGACCGAUCCCUGCUCGACACUAAGGGACAGGCUUUCUUGACUCGUUUGAAGGCGUCGUUGCCGAAAGUGAUCACGUCGUCCAGCGGCCAGUCUGCCUGGGUGGAUCCUGGAACAACCGAAGAGAGUGCCAUUGAGGCCUACCUAGACUGGGCUACUCGUGUCCGGUUCGAAUACUGCGAUCUCACUGUCCCCACCACAGAACCGGUGUCUGAUCAACAACUUCCCCACUACAAAUCUUAUUAUAACAACGAGAUCCGCAUGCUUGCCAUGUCAGAUAUACCUAAGCGGUCGUUGGCCAUCGCGAAAGAGUUGUCAAUUCUUACAAACAACCUGCCGACAGCCUGGAACUCUUCCAUCUUUUUGCGAAUCGACGAAACCCGGGUCGAUGUAAUCAAAGCACUGAUAACAGGCCCUGAAGGCACUCCUUACUACAAUGGGUGUUAUCUGUUCGAUAUCUUCCUCGGGCCAAGUUACAACCAAGCGCCUCCUAGUGUCAAGUACAUGACAACAAACGGGGGCAAGUUCCGAUUCAACCCGAACCUGUAUGCAGAUGGGAAGGUGUGCCUGUCGUUGCUUGGAACAUGGUCUGGACCUGGAUGGGUUGCUGGCAAAUCGACUCUGCUUCAAGUCUUGAUAUCGAUUCAGUCUAUGAUCCUCUGCGACGAACCGUAUCUGAACGAGCCAGGCUGGGCUAAUGAUGCCGACACUCCCCAGUCGCGAUCCUAUUCUGCGAACGUCCGGCGAAUGGUGGUCAAAACAGCGAUGCUUGGUAAUCUUCAGAACCCGCCAGAACCAUUUCGAGACAUCAUAAGAACGCAUUUCCGGCUGAAGGCACAGUCAAUAUGCAAACAGUUGGAUGAAUGGCUUGGGAAAGAUGACGGAAAGUCAACUCAGGGAGAAUUUGGAGUACGGAAUGAGGGAGCUUCUCAGAGCUCUAAUGGGCUGGGAGCGGAUGUGACUGAGCUCAAGCGGAUGCUGAGAGUUUUGGAGGCCGAAAAGUCGAAAUAAUGAUCCAAUGUAACCAUCAUGCAUGUGAUAAUCGGACAUGUCUGGUUCUCCCUCAA